AUGUCGGACCAACCCGCACUGAAGCGGCCAUCGGAGCCAUCCGACAUGGCAUCGGGAUCGACACCGACAAAGCGCUUACGAUCCGAUGCGUCUCCUGCUGCCGCUGCAGCAUCCUUGCUGGAGGCAUUCGGCUUGUUUCGCGACGAGAUUGACGACUACAACGACCGACGCGAACGUCUGAUCAAGACCUCGCGCGACGUCACCAGUCUCUCGAAAAAGGUCAUCUUUCUCCUUCACCGCUUCGACGUUCGCGACUUUGCCUCCACCCCUUCACUUGCUACGCAAAAGUUGCUCGAAGAAGCCGAAUCCAAACUCAACCACAUUGUCGGCGUGCUGGAACAGGCAGCCAAGGCGGAGGAACUUGCCCUGCCAGAGCGUCACGAUCGUCACGAACGAAACAUUGGCGGCGGACUGGAAGAGUUCAUAGAAGCUCUGUCGUUCUAUCACUACCUUGAGACUACAAACCUCAUCACACUCGAACAGAUUCAAGAACGGUUUGGAGAUGUACUCAAGGUUCCGAUCCAUCGAUAUCUGCUGGGUCUGUCGGAUUUGACGGGGGAGUUGAUGCGGUUCGCAACAAACGCUGUUGGUCAAGGCGAUACAGGCAAGGUAGUGCAACAUGUACUAGGCAUCACAAGAUGCCUCCAUGAUACCCUCGACCCUUUCAUCCCCCUCGUCAACGAUCUGCGCAAGAAACAGGCCGUCACCAAACAGAGUCUCCAGAAAAUCGAACACAGUACGUCCCUCCCCAUCCCCCUCCGAAUCAAUCCACGCAAAGAUUUCCCAAGACUCAUCCGAAUUGUCGAGACAGUCCUCUAUGCUAUCACCGUUCGCAAGGCAGAAUUCGCAGCAGAUCCAAAGGCUCUCCAAGAAAUGCUCCGAAGAUCCCUCGAUUCAUCCGCCCCACCACCUACCGACCAACUCUAG